GCGCUGUUCUGUUUCAAAACGUUCAAAGGUCGAACUAUCAAAAUGGAAUCCAGCUCUAAACUGGAGAAUAGUGGUGAAGUGAAACCCUACCCUGUGGAUCUACCUGUGGAGAUUUAUGGAGAGCUGAGCGUAGGAUAUGACGACUACCUGUCCAGUGUUCAUUCAAGAGGUUAAAUUAAGCAGUGAGAACAUUGGUCGGCUGUUGUUUCUGAAUGAUGGUGAUUUAUCACAUUUUAUUCUGGCUCUUCACACACCCGAGGAUGAAUCUCAAGUGGUUGCUCUGUUCCUGCAUGGCAAAUGGUGGCCUGUUGGUGAUGUUUUAAAGACGUCAAACAAAUCCAGAUGUGGACUUUUGUUAGUGGAGUCUCUGAUGGAGAGAGUCGUGCUAUUCCUGCUCAGUCAAGUUAUAUUUGGGAUUCUGGAAAGGCCUCUUGAAGAUGACCUAUAUUUUUCUGCCUAUUCUUUGAGUGAACAUGGCAAAAUCCUGUGGCAAGAUGGAGAAGCUGUUGGGUUUUAUACUGUCAAGAAAAAGGGUAGUCUGUGUAAUGGCUGCACUGGCCAGUGUUAUCGGCUCCCUGUGUUGGAUACUGUGUUUGUUCGCUGUCACUGGAGACGGACUGGACUUGCUUUACAGAUGCUGGAGGAUUUCUGCUCAUCUCAGCCCUUUGAGUACAUUCUGGGAAUUAGCUAUCCUUUGUCUCCUAGCAUGUAUGGUGUGUGCAAGAAGUAUCUCGAGGCCCACGAAGAAGAAAGACAGCGUCUAUAUGAAGUGGAAGCCCCUGGUGAAUGGCCUCAGAGACGUAAUGUGUGGUUGAAUAUCCAGCUGCGGGACCUCCCAAAACACUGUAAGGUGGAAACUCAGAGCAAGGUCCACACGGCUCAUCUAGUCACGAAAGAAGCCAUGCUGAUUUGAAAGAAGAGGACAUCCCACGACAUUAUGGAUCAUGAGUCAAAAACACACCAAGCUUUGGAAAGAAGCGACCAGCUGAUAUAACCAACACAGGCGCUAACUUUGAAAAAAAUAGGACUUAACAUUAAUUUAUAUAAUGAAUCAAAGUAAUUUUCAUGGAAUAACAGAGAGACUAAAUGUUGAGGAUAAUGGAUGUACUAAACAGUUAUAUGGAUGUGGCAUUAAAGGAAUAAUUCACCCAAAAAUUUUAAUUCAGUCAAUAUUUACUCAUUCUUCAAUGUUCCAAACACAAAAUAAGAUGUACUGUAGAAUCUUUGAAAAAAGCAGCCAUUGACUUCAAUAGUAGUUUUUAUUCUACUAUGGAUUUCAAUUACCUUUUUCCCCAACAUUCUUCUGAAUAUCUUGUUUUGUUUUCAACAGCAGAAAGAAAUUCAUAAAAGUUUAGAACCACUUGCAUGUGAGUCUUCCUUUUAAUGUUCCUUGAAUAAAUGCACAUUUCAAUUUCUGGGUGAACUGUCCCAGUAAUACUUUACAAUAAGGUUGUAUUAGUUAAUGUUAGUUAAUGCAUUUAUUAACAUGAAUAAAGAAUGAACAAUACAUUUAUUACAGUACUUGUGCAUGUUAGUUAAAGCAAGUUAAUGAGAAUACAGUUGUUCAUUGUGCACUAACUCACAGUGCAUUAAUGCUAACAAGCUUGAAUUUGGAUGAUAAUAAUGGAUUAGUAAAUGUUGAACUAUGAUUAAUAAAUCUUGUAAAAGUAUUGUUCAUAAUUAGCUCAUGUUAGUGAAUACAUUAACUAAUGAAACUGAUUGUAAAGCAUAAUCACUGUCCCUUUAAGUGCUGCAUUUAUCUGAAAUUUGCCUCGUAGGUAAAUGCACUAAAUGCAUGUCUCAAGCACUAUGGACAGGGCAGAUUUAAACAGUAAGCAAGGUGAAAGCGAUGAAUUCUGGGGGCGCC